AUGGAACCACUCGUCGAAUCACUGCGCCAAGCAACUCGGACCGUAACGAAAUUACUUUCCGAAUUAAAGAUCCGUUGUCAAUUCUUCGAUCGUGGUUGCGGACAGUUUAUUGAAUUAGGAGAUGUCGAAAGGCAUGUCACUGACUGUGGGUUUGCCCCAGCAGUCUGCUCUAACGCCGGAUGCCAACUUGAGGUGAAUAAACAAGAUUUACUACACCAUGAAACAGCUGUGUGUGAACUACGCAGAGUCAAGUGCCACAGUUGCAACGAAAUCAGACAAGAGAUGGAUACAGUGAAAGUUAAUUUGGCAACAAUGAAUGAAAAGUUGAAAGGAGUUGGAGAACAGUUGGCCGGAAAUGAGAAACAGAUGGACAGAAAUCAGGAGAACGUCAAAACACAAUUUAGAAAUGUGGUCGCAAAAGUUGAACUGGUUCAAGAACAACUUCGAGGACAACUCAACAAGCAGGAAGAAAGCAAUCGUCGGCUCGAAGCGGACAAUGUAGAAAUAAAGAGAAGUUUAAAUGAAAUUACGAAACAACUGAAGAGAAUGACACAACAAACAUCACAUGAAGUCCAGGCUGAGGAAAUGAAGAAAGAUAUUGUAGAAGGUGGAAUGGACAGAAAGCCGAAGGUCCUUGUUGCUGGAGGCUGGGAUGGGACAAGACAUCUAAAUUCAGUGGAAAUGUUCAGUCACUCAAACGCAACCUGGACACCACUAAAGCCAAUGAAAGAAAGUCGUACGAGAGCAUAUUCAGUUGUUCACAACAAUCAAGUUUUUGUCAUUGGAGGUCAUGAUAAGAAUGCAGCAAUGAAGUCGAUUGAAAAACUAUCAUUGAAUGCUGUUCAUGCAGUUGACCAGUCCAUAACUUGGGAAAACGUUCUUGUUAAGUUACCUGCACCAUUGAAGGGACACUGCAGUGUAGUUUAUAAUGGACGGUUGACAGUGAUUGGAGGUUAUGAUGGUGGUAUAUAUUCUGAUAGUAUUAUUGAGAUUUCCCUUCUUCCACCUUAUACCAAUAAACUGUUGACUGCCAUGCCACAGUCAAGAUGUCAUCAUGGUAUUGCAAUGUUUGGUGACAAGAUACUGAUUCUUGCAGGUACGGUCUUAAUCUUGGCUUAUAGUACGAAGUUUGCAAGCGUUUUGCUGUAUGAUAUUAUUAAGAAUGAAUGUAAGGAGUUAGCAGCCCUCCCCUACCCCGUGUCUGCAAUGGCCACAGUCAAGUGGGGUGAUGGCAAUGUGAUCAUAGUGGGCGGUGCUGACAGCAACGCUCAACCAUUAAACAAAGUUUUAUUAUACAACAUCAAGACCCAGAAGAGUCGUAUGUUACCAGACAUGAAGUAUAAGAGGAAAGGAUGUGUGGCUGCAGUUGUCAGAGACACUGUGAUUGUCAUGGGAGGCCGAGAUGAAAGAGGAAAGUACUUAAAGUCUGUAGAAUGUUUUCAAUUUGAUCGCUAUAGCUGGCAAGAACUUCCUGAAAUGCGGGAAGUGAGAUACUGUGCUACUGCAGUUGUAUGUUAAUUAUGCAUUGUAUAUAUAUUAGCAACCUAACUAAAUUGUUGCAGUAUUUUAUACACUUUUGUACUUGGGAUAUGAUCAUACUUUUAUGAAUAACAUUUUGUACCAGUUUGACCAAGUUUAAAGAAAAAUUAAUUUGUUGAAAGCGUUGAAUUUAUAGUUGAAUAAAGUGGGGUGCAUUAGGGCACAUUGUGGCUUAAUG